AUGGAGACCUUGGUCGAGUGGGAGGGCCUCCAAUCGCUUACGCUUCGAGACUGCACAUUCCCCGAUUCCGCUGCUGGUUUGGGUCCCUGCUUGUUUUCUACUCUGCUCUAUAAGCUGGUGCUGGGCAGGAACGAGCAGAGCGCUGGGUACCCGACCACGUACUGUGUCCACAAGUCCAUCCUGGAGAGCGUCGCGGGUCUGACCCAAUUGGAGGAGCUGCGCUUGUGUAACCGCGACGAGCUCAACGGGGAUGUGUUGGCGAGGAUUCUGCAAUUCGAGAACCUGAGGUACAAGCUCGACCUGUCGCUAAGCCCUCUCUGGUCGCUCGGCUCGAUUGAGAAGCCGAACGCCAGCCUGGUGGACUGCCUUCCGGACGACUUUGCAUCGCUCGGCGCCGCGCUCCCAUCUGUGGUCACGACCGCGACGGAGGACACCGUGUCGCGCCUUCUCUCCACUAUGCCCAACGUCGAGCAAGUCACGCUCAAACCACCUCAGGGGAACCGGCACAUGCUCACGUGA